GUAAUCAAUCAUAGUUUCCAUCCAAGUUCCCUCACAAUGUUAACAAUGGAGCCUGAAAGAAAAGCUUGGAUCUUGAUCUUCUUCCUUACCAUUUCCCUGUGUGGGGUGAAAGCAUCAAGUGAAGGUCACCAUGGCGAGCCUCAAGAGGGUCCUGUGGUGAAAAAGGAUCAGAGAAGGACAUUACUUGCCACUGAGUUCGGACAGAUAACCGCCCUUGACAUCAAGGAAGAACCAGACAAACUUCCCUACCAUCUUCAGUUCAUCACAUUGGAGCCAAACUCGCUAUUUCUUCCUGUGCUUCUACAUGCAGAUAUGGUAUUUUAUGUUCAUACAGGGAGUGGAAAGCUGACUUGGGCACAUGAUGAUGAUACUGGCACGAUCCCUUUACGCGAAGGAGAUCUCUGCAAUCUCGUUGAAGGAUCUGUUUUCUAUAUACAGAGCGACUUAGAGGCUGAGAGAAGGAAACUGAGGAUCUAUGCAAUGUUAACCAAUACAGAAGACAAUACUUUUAAUCCAUCGAUCGGUGCUUACUCAAGAAUCGACCGACUGGUCAAGGGCUUUGAUAAGAGAAUCAUGCAAGCAGCUUUGAAGGUACCAGAUGAUUUGAUAGAAGAAAUCGUCAACAAGAAAAAUACCCCAGCUAUAGUGCAUGCGGAUUCAAAGAAGACGAAUAUUGUCAAGACACUGGAGGCUUCGUUUCUUAAAAAUUUUGUAGGUGUUGGGUCCAACUCCAACAAACUCGAAAAAUACAACAUCCUUAAUCAUGACCCUGACUUCAAAAAUCGUUAUGGUAGUAGCGUAGCAGUGUCCAAAAGGCAACUAAAGUCAUUGAAGCGGACGAACAUUGGAUUUCUGAUGGUGCAUUUGAACGAGGGGUCAAUAUUGGGGCCUCAUUGGAACCCGAAGGCAGCAGAGUUGGCAGUGGCAGUAGAAGGGAAAGGCAUGGUCCGAGUGGUAAAUGGAAGCAGCACUGAAGAUGAGACAGAAAGCCAAAACAUGAGGUUUAAGGUUAACGCGGGUGAUGCUUUUGUGGUGCCUAGGUUUCAUUCAAUGGCUCAGAUGGCAUUCAACGAUGAACCGUUUGUUUUUCUGGGCUUCAGCACUUCAGCAAAGGACAACCAUCCUCAAUUUUUGGCGGGAAAGGGAUCUGUGCUUGACAAUCUGGACAAGCAUAUACUGGCUACCUCUUUGGGUGUAAGUGACAGAACCGCUGAGGAACUUCAGCGUUCUCCAAGAGAUGCCAUCAUUUUCGGGUGCAGCUCCUGCGCAGAGGAAGAGGAGAAUACAAUGGAGGAGGAAGAAAGGGAGAGGAAGAGAGAGGAGGAGGAGAGAAAGAGAGAAGAAGAGGAAGAAGACAGGAAGCAAGAGAGAGAGAGGGAGAGAGAGGAAGAGGAAGCCAAAAGACAGCAAGAAGAGAGGGAAAAGAAGCGUGAGGAGGAGGAAGAGAGAGAGCAUGAAGAAGGUGGUGGGAGAGGGAAAGAAAGGGAAAGGAAAGAAGAGAGGGAGAGGGAGGAAGAAGAAGCUAGAAGGCAACAGGAGAAGAGGGAAAAGAAAAGAGAGAAAGAAAAAGGAGAAGAAACAGAAGACAAAAGAGAGCAAGAAAAGGAGCAAGAUCAAGAUAAAAGGGAAGGGGAAAGGGAAGCGGAAGCAGCAGCACAGAAGGAGCAAGAACAAGCUAGAAGAGAGCAAGAAAAGAGAGAGAAGAAGCGACAGGAGGAAGGACAAAGGGAAGGAAAAGAAGAAGAAGAUCCGACAUGGUGGGAGAGACCGAGGAGAGAGAAGGGGAAGAGAUCAUCAUCAGAAGAAGAAGUAGCAGAAGAGGAGCAAGAACAAGCCAAGAGACAACAAGAAGAGAGGGAGAAAAGAAGAGAGCAAGAGGGUGAUGCUGAUCCCUUUGAAGGAAGGAGAGCUUUGAAAGUCAGGAACGUUUGAUUUCGUCUUAAGUAUUUGGCUCUAGCUCGUCCUAUGUAUUACAAUAAUAAGAGCUGUUUUGUUUUUGUCUUUGUUGCCUUUAGAUCCGUUUAUGUUUUAUGCCUGGUUGUUAAGGUUGAAGACCAAUGUUUCAUGAAGCAUGCUGAUGAUGAUAUGAAUAAGCUUAGCUACUUCAGACA